AUGGCGGAGGAGGACAGCUGGUAUGAUGUCAGUGACGAGGAGGAGGAUGCUCUGUUAAACCGCGCCUAUGACCGGUGGGAACAGUUGGGAGGGGCUGCUCCCGCCCGAGGCCCUCUCUUUCAAUUUACCAUGCAACCUAUUGGUCGACGACGCCGCUGGCGCAAUGUGGUGGAACGGGCGCAAUUCAACGCGCAAUUGCGUCAAUUGAGGGAUGCUGGUCCAGGGGACAAUAUUGGGAUGGCGUUGACGGAAGCCUUACAUCAAGCUAUUGAAACGGAACUCGACCGUGAGCAGCGACCCGCCCAUCAUUUUGUGAACUUUGCCAUUACAGCGCAUGGAUUCACCCAUGCUUACCAAACCGCCAAUUUUACCGUGGGGGAAUUUUUACAGCGCACUGCUCGUUUGGAUGAGAUGUUGGCUACCCUGGCAGGAAAAUUAAACAGCAAUGAAGCCUUCAACCCCGAUCGCGGGUUCCAAGUGGAUGUGGUGUUUGUCUCCAUGCCCGGCCCAGGGUCUGGUCGACAUAAACAACGCAAUGUGGGACGAUUAUGUCUGGAUCGAGUCAACAAGAAAAAGCGAUGCAUUGUCACCAUUCGAAACAGAGAUGCCUUAUGUUGUGCCCGCGCCAUUGUCACCAUGCGAGCCCAUUGCCAUAAAGAUCAAGGCGUGGACGGGUUUCGCGACUGGGACAAUCUCAAACGUGGGCUUCCUGUGCAGCAGCGUCAAGCCCAGGCCCUCCAUCAGCAAGCAGGAGUCGCGGAGGGUCCCUGUGGUAUACCCGAGCUUCGCCAAUUUCAACACGCAUUGGGAUCUCACUACCAACUCUUGGUGAUGACCCGGAUGAAACCGUUCUUUUUGAUUUUCAAAGGCCCCACCGCCCCUCAUCAGAUUCGUUUACUCAAAUCCAAUGAUCAUUUUGAUGGUUGCACGUCCUUUCCUGCCUUUGUCAACCGUUCGUAUUAUUGCUUGGACUGUGAACGGGGGUUCAACACCGACGAUCGGACCAAUCAUACUUGUCAAGGAAGACGCUGCUCUGCGUGUGGACGUUUUGAUUGUCCGGAUUAUGUGCGUGGCACUCGCCCCACUGAGUAUUGCUGUCUGUGUUACCGCAAGUUUUAUGGCCAUCAAUGCAAACGUUAUCAUGAAAUCAGCAAGCAAUGUCAAUCCAUCAAAAUCUGUCUCAAGUGUCAAGCCCAAUACACGGUCGUCCGUAACCAACGUCACCGGUGCGGGUACGCCAAAUGCCCUGCGUGUCAGGAAUGGGUGUCCAUCCAAAACCAUCAAUGUUACAUUCAGCCUGUAAAGGAUGAGCACGAGGAGACUGAACCGACAGAGGAGGGGGGAGGUAGCAUGGUGGCGCCACCCCCUCCCCUGUUUGUUUACGCAGAUUUUGAAGCCAUGCAGAAUGCAGAAGGCGUGUUUGUGGCUAAUUUGUUAUGUUAUUCGUCGAGUGUAGACACCACUAUUCAUGUCUUGGACGGAGAGGACUGUGCCCUACAAUUUUUGCGCGAUUUGGAUGAUCUCACGGAUGUUCCAGACUGUGAGGAGGAGCGAACGAUACUCGUGGUGUUUCACAAUCUAAAAGGGUUUGAUGGCAUGUUCAUUCUCCAUGAACUCUACCAGCAACAACGCGAGGUCGUGGAUCAACUGACCGUGGGCGCCAAAGUCUUAUCGUUCAGAAGUGGACCCAUCAAAUUCAUUGACUCGUUAUGCUUCUUGCCUAUGCCGUUGGCCUCCUUUUCCAGUACCUUCAAUUUAACCGAAUUAAAGAAGGGGUUCUUUCCCCAUUUGUUCAAUACCCCCGAUCACCAACAGUAUGUGGGCCGCAUCCCCGAUUUGGAGUUUUACGAUCCCGAUGGCAUGAUGGCCAAAAAGAAAGAGGAACUGACUCGUUGGCAUGCGGAUCAAGUCCGUCGCAAUGUCAUGUUUAAUUUCAAGCAAGAAAUGAUCGAGUAUUGCAAAUCCGAUGUGGCUCUAUUGAAAGCUGGGUGUGAAGCCUUUCAACAAGAAUUUGAACAACAGGCAGGCUUCAAUCCUAUGGCCAAGUGCAUCACCAUCGCCAGUGCCUGCAAUUUGUAUUGGCGCAAGCAUCAUUUGACCCCUGACACCAUUGCCGUGGAACCUCUCGGAGGGUGGCGAGGGGCCCAAGUCAACCAUUCCCUCAAAGCCCUCCAAUGGCUCUAUUACCAAGAACAUCUCCUUCCCAAAGAGGGGGCCAGUGCUGAUCGCAUACGUCACGUUCGUAAUGGCGGCGAGCAGUCGGUCCGAACCAGCGUCGACAGUCAUUUCGUCGAUGGCUAUGAUCCUGUGACUCGCACCGUCUACGAGUUUCACGGAUGUCUCUACCAUGGUUGUCCCCGUUGUUAUCCCGCGAGAAACGCCAAACAUUAUGCCACGCCGGAUCGAACUGUAGAGGAACUCUAUCAAGCCACGCUCUCCAAACGCACGGCCUUGCUCCGAGCGGGUUAUACCGUCAUUGAAAUGUGGGAAUGUGAAUGGGACCAACUAGUGGACACGAAUGAAGCUGUUCAACGUUUCUUGAAUUCCUUCGAUUUGGUGGCACCCCUGGAACCCCGUGAAGCCUUCUUUGGGGGUCGAACGGGUGCCGUGGCUCUGCAUGCUGUGGUUGGAGAGGGGGAGGAAAUACGCUAUGUGGAUGUGACCUCCCUGUACCCGUGGGUGAAUAAGAACUGUCCCUAUCCCAUCGGGCAUCCGCGGAUCAUCACACAGCCCGCUGACCAGUCCCUGGACUCCUAUUUUGGUCUAGCCACCGUCGAUAUUCUUCCCCCUGCUGGUUUGUUCCAUCCUGUUCUGCCUGUGCGUAGCGGCAACAAGCUCACCUUUCCUCUCUGUCGUGCCUGUGUUCAGACCGAGCAGGCCCAACCCAUGUUGACCCGAACCCGUUAUUGCCCUCAUUCUGAUACAGAUCGUACACUACGCGGGACCUGGUGCACACCCGAGUUGCUCAAAGCCGUCGAAAAGGGGUACACGCUGAUCAAGAUUCACGAAGUCUGGCAUUUUCCCCCUGAGCAACGCCGAACGGGUCUUUUUGCUGAUUAUGUGAACACGUGGCUCAAAAUCAAACAAGAAUCCGCGGGAUGGCCCGGUUGGUGUCAGACUCUCGAGCAGAAACGCAACUACAUUCUUCGUUACCAGGAACGGGAAGGCAUCCGACUGGACAUUGCCAGCAUUGCCAAGAACCCCGGUCGCAAAGCCACGGCCAAGCUCAUGCUGAACAGCUUCUGGGGUAAAUUCGGGGAGCGGAUCAAUAAACCCACCACUGUCACUGUCCAUGACCCCGCCCAUUUGUUCAAUCUCAUCUCGGAUGCCGCCCUCGAACUUAGUACACUCCGCCUUUGCACGGACGAUAUUCUGGAAGCCGUCUACACGAGUGUCCAAGACAAUGCUGUCAAAGGCACCAAGACCAAUAUUUUCGUGGCAGCUUUCACUACCUGUCAUGCUCGAUUGAAACUCUACGAGUCCCUGGACACCCUUCAACAGCAAGUCCUUUACUACGAUACAGACAGUGUCGUGUACAAGUGGCGUCCCGGUCAACCCUCUAUCACCACUGGCGAUUUUUUGGGGGAUAUGACGGAUGAAUUGGACGGCGACGUCAUCACUGAGUUUGUUUCGGGGGGCGCCAAGAAUUAUGGGUACACGACACGACAGGGUAAAGUGGUAUGCAAGGUACGCGGUUUCACGCUCAACGUCCGCGGGUCGGCCAUUCUCAAUUUUCAGACCAUGAAAGACAACAUUCUCUCCGAAUUGGAUUCGCCCCAGGAGUCUCGACGCAAUUUGAACCUGACCAACCCUUAUUAUUUCAAACGAGAUUUGGAACAGAAACAAAUUCAAGUGGUUCCGCGCGUGAAGCAGUAUGGGUUGGUGUUCGACAAGCGCGUUAUUGAUGUCGCCACCCGAUCCAGUUAUCCCUAUGGCUACCAGAGGAUUGGGAACGAACUCGAUUUGCUAUUAGAUUUGUAA